AUGGCAAAAGCAUACACGCAGGAAGAAUUUGAUGAUCUUAUGGGGAAGGUUGCGAAGGUAGAUUUUCAGGUGGCAGAGUAUUUGGAAUUAGCUGGAAGAGAAAAAUGGGUUAGAGUGUAUGCAACUGUCGAACCAUCAACCGAAUACUUGUACACAGUACAUGCUGCAGGAAGGUGUUUCAUAGUUAACUUGGACAACAAAACUUGCAGUUGCCAGAUGUUUCAAAUAGACGAAAUUCCAUGCCCACAUGCAUUGACUGUCAUUAAGAAGAAAAAUCUAGCGACAUAUGAUGUAGCCGUGGAUCCUCUCCCUGACGAGCGUGAAUGGAAGGUUCCCACAUACAUAUCAGAGGAUACGGUUUUGCCACCAAGAUACAAGAGACCUCCUGUUAGACCGAAGAAAAAGCGUGAUAAGCCGUUAGUUGAAUUGCUUCUUGGGAAAAAAAGACAUGCUUGUAGUACAUGUGGAUGGACUGGACACAAUAGACGUUCUUGUAGUAAUGCUCCUAGAAGGAAGUAA